CGGCACGGCAGCGGCGCGCCGCGCCGGCUCGUGCGCCUUUCGGCCUCUCCCCGCGCGCGCGUGGCGCCCGCGCGAGAGGCGCCCCAGCGGGGAGGCGGCGCGCGCGGCGUGGCGGCCCUGGCACAGACGCUGCCGCCUGCCUGCGCGCCGCUGGCGGCGCGCGCUUUGGCUAGACGCAAGGGUGACCACGCUGGCUGCGUCACGUGAGGGCCCACGGCCGAUUCUGAGCGGACUUGGCCCAAGAGCUUCUGCACAACGCGUCGCGGCGGAGGCCCCGACGACACGACAUACAACCUGCGAGCAGGCAGCGUGACGCUCCGCUCCGCGGGGCGGUAGGCUCGGGACGGGCGCGGGGCGUUGGCGCCUUGGAGUUGCGACGUUGGCAGCGUGUCGCGCCGAAGCGUUGUGGGCCAGAACCGGCGGCGCGCCGAGCUAGGCAACCGCUCCCGACCGGUCGUUCUGCCGAGCGGGCCACUCUCGCGCGCAGGCGAAGGCUGGCGGACGAAGGGCGGCCCCCUCGGUGUCGAGCCCGGGGCGCCGAGGCGGCCAGGGGGCACAGCCGCGCGCGGACAGCACCGGGCACCGAGCCGCCGAGAGGGGCGUUGCCGCUCUGGCGGCGGUGCCGCUCGGGCCCCAAAAAACAAUGUGUGGAACUGGGGUAGCUGGAUACACACCAUCAACGACCCUGGCCGCGCACAUCCUGAGGACGGGAGUGAUGCCAUGGCAAGACUGGCACGCGAUGAGGAUGAGGAGGAGGAGGACGAGGAAGGUGGCCACCACUCCGCGGGAGCCGACGGUGGCCCGCGGGGAGGGCGUUCAGGCGGCCCGCCAACUGCCUGGGAGGCGAGGUCGCGCCCUGCUGCUGGCCGCAGCGUCCCAGCGGGGCACACCGCGCAACUCCAGAGCGGCGCGCCUGCCGGAAACCCUCAAAUCUGGGCGAUGCAAUGUUCUCUCGUAGCGUUUCGCCAGAGGGUUGUGAUAAUGGUAGAACAAAUCCGCCGAGGAGUACCACCGUGAGACGAAACCAGGACGAAGAUGAAAUCGGGUGAGGAUAAAUCCAGCAUCUCUGAG